AUGGAGGUCCUACGAGAAGCACCAAAAGCUUCGUCUUUCAUUCCCCUCAUCGAGCAUCAGUCUGCGACUCCAGCCUCAUUUUAUUCUGGGCCUCCAGUCCUCCAUUACUACGGUGAUCGCAGCAAAUUGAUCGUCCUCGAGCAUGAAAUCCAACCUGUCGCUGCAUUCGCUCCUCUGCUCGAGACAGCAACCUCCCAAUCUCAUGCUAAUGGCACGGAAUCGAAUGGAGACACGAGCGCAACAGGGACAGCAAGGGUAGUGGAGGAUGUUGAUGUCUGGGUCACGUCGGACAAACUCUUCCUAUUCUCCAAUUCCGCGUCGGCCGGUGUCUCCAUACCAUACCCUUCCAUAUCCCUGCACGCCAUCCAAUCCCUCCCCCAACCCUCCGCGGGCGAGCAACAAGGUCUUUACCUGCAGUUAGCAUCCUCGAUUGAAGUUGCCGGCAGCGACGAUACAGAACCCGAGUCCAUAUCAGUCACAAUCAUUCCGACCGCUUCACCGCCUCCCGCGACAGCUACCGAGGAAGAUCCGGCGGAAGACAAGCCGGAGCAAACACCUGUGAUGGCCAUGUUCACAGCAUUGUCCAACUGUUCAAAUCUGCACCCUGAUCCGGUAGACCCCGGAGAUGGGGACGACGGAGGGAGCCACCUAUUCCAAGCGGGGCUGGCCUUUCCGGGCACGACAGACGGAGGAUUACCGCCGGCCAUUCCUGGGAGUGGUGGCUGGAUCACAGCUGAAAAUAUGCAUGAGUUUGUCGAUGAAGACGGCAAUUGGAUUGAGAAUAGAGACGAAGAAGAUGACGUGGAGGAAGAAGGUUUGGGUCCUGGUGCCGGUACCGUGCGAGCUCGACAAGAAGAUAAUCAAGGUAAUGGCGACGCAGGCGACGAGGCGGAUGAAACAAAAUGGAGGAGGACUUCCUGA